AUGGUCUAUGUGUGCCAACAUUGUCAAUUCCGAGCUGAAACAAAGCGCAACCUCAACAUCCAUACCACCAAAGGAUGUACGGCACAUGCAACUGAGGACGGGAGCUUUGCCAAUGCACUCGAACGAGCCAAAGCCAAGAGACACCGUAAACGUGAGCGGGAGAGAGAAGCCAAACGCCAACGACUUGAUGGCCCAGCAACUGCUGUUGAAGGUGACGAAGUGUGGGAGGACAUUGACGGUAGUGACCCUAUUGUGGACGAAGUAGCUUCACACACACCAGUCGAGCUACAACCAUUGGGCCGCACCCACCGGGCGAAGCGCCCGACCUGGAAGGUUUUACAAGACCAACGGCCCACCAUGGUGCCACCCAUUCCAUCCCAGCUGGGACUUGACAAUGCACCAGAUGCUGGUGCACCUACAGCAUCACCGCCACCUGAGCGAAUGCCUCACCGUAUCUGGAAUCCAUUCCGCUCAGCUACCAAUAUGUUUGGCCUCUUUCGUGAAUACAUGGACCAGCCAACGCACGACCCAAUCUCCCUUUCCCCGACUGACCAACCUGCCGGCCCACAAGACAAAGUACUCCAUGAAAUAGACACCGCCAACCUUCCUCCGUCUCUUCUGAACAAUCUUCCCCUAUACUAUCCGUUUAGCAAUUCAACAGCCUUUGGCUUUUUGCAUUGGAAGUGGACUGGCGCAAACUCAAAGUCAGACAUAGAAACAGCAAAACUCACCUCUUUUCUCCGCUCGGACGAUUUCAAUCAGUCAGACAUGAAAGCUUUCAAGAUAGCUACUGAGACUCGGCGCAUCGACCGUUACAUUAAUGGAGAUUUGGACGAUGGCUUGCUUGGCCCUCGUUCAAUCCUUCCCCACCGUGGGGAAUGGAAAGAAUCCCCAGUGACCAUUACCAUUCCGGAUGGCAAAGAGCACGAGAAAAUGGAGCAUCUCCCAAAGUUUGAAGUGCUUGGCCUUCACCAUCGCUCGCUCACAGACAUCAUUCGCAAUACGUUAUCAGAUACCGAUAAAAGCCGGUACUUUCACUACGUUCCUUUCAAGCACCAUUUCCAGCCUCCCGCUGUUAACGGUAUUGAGCCACCGCCUACACGGGUUUACGAUGAGAUUUAUACUUCAGACGCCAUGAUUGACGCACACAAAGCCCUUCAACUGCAACCACCUGAGCCAAACUGCACGUUGGAACGAGUCAUUGCAGCUGUUAUGUUAUAUUCUGACUCCACUCACCUCGCUUCCUUUGGCACUGCGUCUGCCUGGCCAAUCUACAUGUCAUUUGGAAAUGAAUCCAAGUAUGUUCGCUGUAAGCCCCGAACGGGGUCUUGUCAUCAUCUGGCCUAUAUACCAAAGCUCCCAGAUACCUUCUACGAAUUUGUUACGAACACAACAGGGGAGGGGCCUACAACUGAUUUACUCACCCAUGCUCGGCGAGAGCUCAUGCAUGCAGUUUGGCAUCAUAUACUCGAUGAAGACUUCAAGCAAGCAUAUGAGCACGGCAUUGUCGUGCUAUGCCCUGAUGGAGUCCAUCGGCGGUUCUACCCCCGUAUAUUCACUUACUCGGCCGAUUAUCCUGAGAAGGUCCUCCUCACCACCAUUCGCAAUCUUGGUGCAUGCCCCUGCCCUCGUUGCCUUGUGCCCAAAGCCAAAAUUCCCGAGCUUGGGACACAACGAGACGAUGCUCGCAGAUCCAAGUUAGCCCGAGUCGACGAUGUCCAUCGGCGUGGAAGGAUCAUGCAAGUCCGUGACUGGAUUUAUUUAACAGGCCGCGCAAUCAAGAGCAAGGCAGUUGAACUAGUUAUAGGUGUACGGUCAGAGGUUCCCACCACUAAUGCCUUCUCUGAACGCCUAUCGGAGCUUGGCUUUGCAUUCCACGACAUGUUUGUCCCUGAUCUCUUGCAUGAGGUCGAACUGGGCACAUGGAAAGCUCUAUUUACACAUCUCGUACGCAUACUUGUCGCUCACGGUGGCACUGCCGUUCAGCAGCUCAAUGACAGGCAAGUAUGUUCCUAA